GCAUAAAAAUUUGAAUUAAUUUGAAUUGAAAAGACAUCAUUAUAACUCCGGAAUUUUUGAAACACAAAACAAGAUGAAUUUUCUUGAAUUUUCCACAUGAAUCAAAAACUUCUCACUGGUUCAAUCUCAAAUUUAUUUCCAUUCUCCUUUCACUCAUCAAUUUUUCAUCAGUUAUCGACAUAAAAGAAUACGUGUCCAGCAUUUUCCCUUCAAUUUUUAUAUCCGGCAAUAAAAAAUCAAUUCGAAACCCCAAUCGCUCAAAUGACAUGAAUUUUAAUUCUGUUCAUUCCGUUUCGUAAUCGAUAAUAAAAAGGAAUCACAGCGAGUUGCGAUAUUACUGUAAUUCAACAUCGUAAAUUUAUUAUACACCAGUGGAAUCAUUAAAUUUCUCCUAUUGAGGAAAUGUCUCUUUACGCUGGGUACUACCCGUUUUUUCAUAAAUUAUCGCGACGGGGAGGGGGAAGCGGAGGUCUCCGAGACUUCGCAUUGGAUCCGAAAAAUCGCGGAUAAUUUGAACGCAUGGCGGCACCCGCUGCCGUUCUUUGAGGUUAGGUGAUGAAGCGUAAUGUUUACGAUUGCUCCGAAAUAACGUGAUUUCAUGGAGUUUCGACAUAACGAACUCGUUACGCGAAGUAUUGUGCGAAUUAUCGGGACAUAAAAUACAUGGAGCAUAGUGAUCAACGAUUGAGGACAGCAGGAACAUGAUGGAACACUUUUCGCCGGUUGUCACUUCACCGAAGACCUCCCCUCAUCAGAAUCUGACCGGAGCGAAGAGAAUAGUCAAGGAUUUGGCAGCAACUAUACAUUCCAGCAUUCAACAAUGGAAUAACACUCAUAUUCAUGGGGUUGAGGUGUUGAACGCUAUAACUGCCAUGAAAGGCGAUGAAUCUUUUCCGGAGGGUCUUCAAGAGUUGUGUGAUACCUUGGAGAAAGAUGUUGAUGAAUUGGAUCAAAUUGUGUCGAAUCUAAAACUUUCUCUGCACCAAAUGACCGCAGGAGUAUCUCUCCACCGAGGCCCAGACAAAUUAUUCAAAACCUGGCCCAACGAACGGUUCGUGGAAAUCGCUCAAUUGAUCUACGACGCCUACAAGGACGAGGCAGAUCUCAAGAGGAAAAUCCUGGAAAAUGUUGCUCACGACUCUCGAGACUCCUGGAAAAUGCUUCACCUUGCUGCUUGGGUGCACCAGCCAAUGAUACCCCACGAUCUAAACGUGAGUCUCGAGUCAUUACUCACUGAGACUGGACACAGGUGAACAAAGUGCCUCGUGAAAAAAAAAAAAGUGGAACAUUACUUUAUUCUCAUAAUUUGUUUGCACAUUUAUGUAACCCUAUAGCAUAAUUUUAUAUCAGAGUACAUGUACAAUCUCUCGUACUGAUUUCCUCAGCCAUUUGAGCGUUUAUUUUUCUUUUAGAUUAUCAUAUAAUUGUAAUCAGACGUACAGGAAAUGUCAAUUCUCUAUGGAUGGAAUAUUUCACGUAUCAAAAUAAUUCUAUAAACCUUAUUGACUCUCGAUAACACUAUUAUCCAACGAGAAUUUCACACAACAAUAUCUCUAAGUUUUUUUUUAACCUGAAAACAUUAAAUGCAAUUUUUUGCUUAUAGAA